CAUGUAGAAACCUCAACAUAUUUUCUCAACAUCAUCAUCAUCUUUACAAACAAUACACAAAAUCGAAACAAUGGGUGGUCUGUCGAUCCAAACCCCCUCGCAAUCAAUCCCCGAAUGGCAGCACAAAAUCUUCCUCCUAAGCAACUACACUGUGCUUGGCGCAGCCUCAAGCUGCAUUUUCCUCACACUCUCUCUGCGUCUCUUACCUUCCUGGUGCGGUUUCCUCCUCAUUCUCCUCCACAUCCUCACAAUCGGAGGCGCUGUCACGGGCUGCACGGCAGCCUCAGCGGGCUCCAACAAGUGGUACGCAGCCCAUCUGAUAACCACCGUUGUAACGGCUAUAUUCCAAGGCUCUGUUGCAGUUGUCAUAUUCUCAUCAACGUCGAGCUUUUUGGGCAAUCUCAAGUCCUAUGUGAGGGAGGAAGAUGGCGGUGUGAUACUAAAAUUGGAAGGGAGUUUGUGCGUGCUUAUAUUUUGCCUGGAGUGGCUGGUUUUGGGGCUGGCAUUCGUGUUUAGGUACCGUGAGUUUGUGCAAGGAGGGAAUGGUGGAAGGAGCGCGGCGAAUGGGAAAGUUGAGCAUGAAGAUUCUAGUGAUUGGCCUUGGCCUUUCCAAGUUUAGGAGUAUCUAUAUAUGUUGUUGAAGCUCAUUGCAUAUGAGCAUUUCGUUUAUUGUUUCAUUCUUUGUAAUGUCACUCUUUCUUUUGUGUCAA